AUUCGAUGGCCCUUACGAGCGGAAUCACCGCCGCGUAUAAUUCCGUAUUUUAUUUUCUAAUGUUUUCGUCGUUUAACAGAAUAUGUCGUAUUCCUAUAUUAUUAGAUAUGAUUAAAAUUCUAUAAAAUGAUGUUCAACGUACCAUCUUUACUGUGAAUACGUUUUUUUAGUUUUUAUUUUUUACUAAUACCUGGUGGGUUUCUGAAAUUAAGUGAGGGGGUGGUGCCGUGAUGCCAGUACGAAAGCAAGAGGCCCAUCGAGCAUUGGAACUGUUGGAAGACUACCACAGUAAACUGGUGAAACCACAGGACCGACAGCUACGACUGGCCAUCGAAAGGGUCAUCAGGAUAUUCAAAUCGCGUCUAUUUCAAGCUCUUCUAGAUAUCCAAGAAUUCUACGAGCUUACACUAUUAGAUGACACCAAGUCUGUGCAGCAGAAGACAGCGGAGACAAUACGCAUAGCCAAUAAAUGGGAAGCGGACAACCUUCGACUUCGUGAGCUUCUACCAGCUGAAGAGAGUGAAUACAGGUCGGUUUCAAAUGCCUUUCUACAGGACAACAACAGGAGAGUGGAUUCCCGAAAUGAAUCGCCAGAAUCGACACAGAAUGCAAUACGACAUAAUGCAUCAUCUCCACCUAGCGGAGUUACCGAUGAAAAGAAGGUACACGCUACACCUGCACCUGAAAUGAAGCAGUUACAGAUAAACGGUAUAGAGGGUGGUGGCACAGAGCAUACACAAAAUGGCUACACAUACCUGUCAGUGGUGUUGUCGCGGGCCGGGGGCGCCGGGCUGGGGUUCAGCAUCGCCGGGGGCUCCGACAACCCGCACGUGGCGGACGACCCAAAUAUCUACGUCACUAAACUAAUACCAGGCGGCGCGGCAGCCGCCAGCCAGUUACAAAUCAAUGACGCCAUAUUACAGGUUAAUGACACGAAUGUAGAAAACGUAACACAUGCUGAAGCAGUAGAUGCAUUAAAAAAGGCUGGAAACACAGUGAGACUUAAAAUAAAACGUCGAGCGACAGAAGACACAGCUAACACGACGCACGUGACAAACGUGGAAGACGCGAUAGAGAUAGAGCUGGCAAAGGGUGGGUCGGGGCUCGGGUUCAGUAUAGCGGGGGGGCUCGGCAACCAGCACAUUCCCGGGGACAACGGCAUCUACGUCACCAAGAUCAUGGCCGGCGGCGCGGCUCACCGCGACGGCAGGCUUAGGGUCGGCGAUAAACUACUUAUGGUCAAGAAUACGUCGCGUGGUGACGUGGAGCUUACCAACGUAACGCACGAGGACGCAGUGAGUGCGCUGAAGGCUACCGGCGAGCGAGUGGUGCUCGUGCUGGUGCCCGGGCCCCGGCACCUGCAGCCCUCCCCGCCCUCCUCCAGGCCCCACACGCCUUCGAGCACAACGAAGUCGAUUCGCCGCGAGGACGCCCCUGACGGCAGCGAAGAGCAGCCGCGGGUGGUGGAUCUGGAAAAGGGGGGGGCUGGACUCGGGUUCAACAUAGUGGGAGGGGAAGACGGCCACGGGAUCUACGUGUCCUUCUUGUUGGCUGGCGGACCCGCUGAGAGGUCCGGGGAACUGAGACGAGGGGACAGACUUCUAGCGGUCAAUGAUGUGGAUAUCACUCAUGCGACACACGAACAGGCGGCCAAGGCGCUCAAGAGCACUGGACAGCAUGUGAAGCUGACAGUAGUGUACAGGCCACAGGAAUACAACAAAUUCGAAGCACGAAUCAAUGAACUAAAACAGCAUACCCUUCUGAGGACGUCACAAAAAAGAUCUUUGUAUGUGAGGGCCCUGUUCGACUACGACCCGGUGAAGGACGACGGACUGCCGUCGCGCGGACUUCCGUUCCGUUACGGAGACAUCUUGCACGUCACCAACGCUUCCGAUGACGAGUGGUGGCAGGCCAGAAGGCUGGACAACAGCGACGCGGACGCGAUCGGCAUCAUCCCGUCCAAGCGGCGCUGGGAGCGCAAGCAGCGCGCGCGCGACCGCCAGGUCAAGUUCCAGGGCCAGGCCACGCCCAACACGCAGAGUCAGUCAACCCUCGAAAGGCAAAAAAAGAAAACGCUGUCAUUCAGCAGGAGAUUCCCGUUCAUGAAGAGCCGGGAGGAUGGCAAAUCUGAAGACGGUUCAGAUCAAGAACCUUUCAUGCUUUGCUACACUCAGGAGGACACAAAUGCGGACGGUCUGCUUUCGCAAUUCCGAUGCAGUUCAGGGGAAAUCUUGUAUCGAGUGGAACUUCCCAUGAUGGAGGAGAUAACGCUCAUAUAUCUCGAGGACGAGAGCCAAGACGAAACGGUGUUGUCGUAUGAAACAGUGCAACAGUUGACGAUCACCUACACUAGACCUGUCAUUAUUCUCGGCCCAUUGAAGGACAGAAUUAACGACGACUUGAUAUCCGAAUUCCCUGACAAGUUCGGAAGCUGCGUACCACACACGACUCGUCCCCGUCGCGACUACGAGGUAGACGGGCGCGACUACCACUUCGUGUCGAGCCGCGAACAGAUGGAGCGCGACAUACAGAACCACCUGUUCAUCGAGGCGGGCCAGUACAACGAGAACCUCUACGGCACCUCCGUCGCUUCCGUCAGGGAGGUCGCCGAGAAGGGCAAACAUUGCAUUUUGGACGUGAGUGGGAACGCUAUCAAGAGACUGCAGGUGGCGCAGCUUUACCCGAUUGCCAUAUUUAUCAAACCAAAGAGUGUAGAAUCUAUCAUGGAAAUGAAUAAGCGAAUGACUGAAGAACAAGCAAAGAAAACGUACGAACGAGCCUUGAAAAUGGAGCAAGAGUUCGCUGAAUAUUUCACAGCGGUAGUGACGGGCGACACGCCGGAGGAGAUCUACGCGAAGGUGAAGAGCGUGAUCACCGCCGAGAGCGGGCCCAGCGUGUGGGUCCCGCGACGCGAGCCCGCGCUCGCCGACUAGCGGCGCUCUGCCGGGUACCCCACUCACACCCAGCUAUGUGCCCUUCACGAAAUCACCAAAAAUGCUCAACAUAGAUCAAUAAAUGUUCUCGGAAAUUCACAAGAAAUUUCCGAUGAGAAUUUCUCGUGGAAAUCUGCGGGAAUUCUCGAAAUAGAACAUAUCUGAGAAUAGAAAUUCUGAGCGGCACAUCGAUAGUGGAAAGUGCUAAACGGGCUUAUGGCGCGAAUCGAAAUAGACUAUGCACCCACGAUUUGUUAUCGCGGCCAUUAUAAUCGCGGAGAAGCAACGUAUGAAUUUAUUACAUGCAACGUACUAUGAUUCGCCGAAUCGACCAUUGCUUUUCCGUGAUUAGUAAAUCGCCCCGACGGCAAAAUCCCAGUGCACGGUCGGUCUAAAGAUCAAUUUUCUUUACGAUACUAAUGUCACGAAAUAGUUAAUAAGUUAAUAUUUCACGUGAAUAAAUCUAUAUAUAUGCACUAGUAUUGUAAUCAAAAUUAGGCUUUAAAGUGAAAAAUUCAAAAAACAGAAAUAGUGCCAACGAAUGGCGCAAAAUAUAAUGUUCGCGUUGUAAGUCUGUAGCGCUUAUUUGUAUGUCGCUUUUGUUGGUCCAAGUUAAGUUUGAAAUUAGUUUUCUAUCGCGUUAGGAUCGAUUUGAAGCUCAUAUACUAGGCGAAAUUUAAUCCCGUGGAAGUGAGGAAGAUAGCGUUAUAUGUUGCGCAUCAUUGUUCCCUAGAUCAUCAACGCUUUGGAACGCCAAUCAGUAGUGAGCAAGAAAUAGAAGCCUAGUCAAUGCCGAUUUAGUCGCAAACGCAAAUUAUUAACAAAAAUCUUUUCAAUUUAACUUGUCUUAUUCAUUUUGGUGUUUAAAGUUACCACUGAUAGUCACUCGUUUAAAACAAGUACAAAAGUUUUAUAUAUCUCUUCAAUAAAUACAAUCAUUGAUUAUAAAACAUUUAAGUAUAAUAACAAUAGCAAUAUUAUUACGUACUUAAACAUGGACCAACAGCGGAUUAGCGUAACACUACUAAAUUAUGCGACAAGCGUAUGUGUAUUCGUUAUAUUGUUAUCAAAUCCAGUCAUUUUACUUACUUAAUAUAAAGAAAUGAAGUACAUACUAACAGACCGCAUGUGAAUAAUUUCAGAACCAACUUUCAGAAAGAAAUAUUAAUUUGGAUCGUUAAUAACAAAACGUCAGACGUUUUCUAAUUUGCGGUCAACAACCUUUAAGAGCAUAUAAGUGUGAGCAUAGUGCGUACGGCGGGCAACAAGUCCUAAUAUUAUUAAUAAUGUAGUAAAGUACCAUACAUAUCUGACCCGGUCGUUGAUUGUGUAAUUUAUUAGUCAAAUACUCGAUAUUAACGCAAGUCUCAGUAAAUUUCAGCAGACAAAUCAUAUCACUGCUGGGUAAAACCGGGUCAGAUGCUUGUAGUACUGUACCUUAGUGCCUCAAGUUCGCUCGCCAUCCGUCGCGCAAUGCGACCCCCUUGAUUGUUCCUUCUCGAAUGUUCUAUGCGUUUUCACUAGUCAGGUGUCUGUAAAAGUGUAGUAAAUAUAAUAUUUCGCCAAUAAAUUGGUGUUAAAGGUAAAAAAUACACUUAUUUUUGCAAAUCGUAUUACAUUAGGCAAUAGUGGAGAGAUAGUCAAAGUUAAAUAAAGUUUAAACUACGUACUGGCCAUUAAAGAAAAUAAGGUAAAUAGUUAAAUCUGGGUUUAGAUAUAAGACUAAGUGAAAACGCAAUGUAUUUUUGAUGUCUUUGUCUACUCAACCUCGUUAAAUUUAAAAUCUCGAAAAAGAGUAUGCAUACUUCCUAACCUUAUAUCGAUAUUUAUGUAAAUAACCGAUGUAUUAUUAUAUGAUUUUAUUUAAUUCUGUAUAGAACGUGGUAUGAUACAUUUUGUGUAUAAUUUUUUAAAUAAUUUUUAUAUUUGACUAAAUCGCAAAGUACAUAGAUAUCGAUAUAAGUGUGAAAUGAUCAGAUAGUACUUGAGUUAGGUCACAAUAUUAGAAGUAGUGAGUGACAGGCGUCAACGUCUGCCGAUAGCAAUAACUCCUAGUGGGGCGACGCGGCUUGGGCUCCAUGGAGCUCCUGUACUAACGAUGAACACAGUUCAUGAAAUAUUGAUAAUUAUAUACUGGUGUGUAUAUUUCGUGAAUGAAAUAGCAAAUUUUGCUUUUUCAGUAAGUAUCAUACAAUGCAUAAAGUUUAAGUAUAUAAGUUUGUAUUAGUGAAAAGUACAUUUAUAAAAUUUAGCUUGAUACCCAUUCUGUUUUCACAGAUUAAAUUGUUAGAUAACCUGUAAUGAACGGUAUUCAUCGCUGGUGCAGUUCUAAGCUAAGCAAUACGGUCGAUUCGCUAGCCGCGAGUGCUCUGCGCUUAGUUAGUCAUUUAAAUCAUCUCUAUAGUUCAGUCUGAUUUUUCAUCGCUUGUUAGAUACCCUAUCAGAUUUCCUUUAGCAUAAUAAAUUAUUUAAACUUCUAACUUAAUAUAAAUUUUAACUAACGCGUAAAUUGUUGAGCAGGUUGCUAUUGUUACACAGUUAGCACUCACCGUAGGACACGCUUAUGUUAGACGUGCAGCGCAAGCAACUAGCCGCAACGUUGCCGAACGCUAUGUGUACGUCAAAUUGUUACUUUAAUUAUUUAUAAAACAUUUUAUCGUGCUUCAAUUGACUAUGUAAAUUGUAUAUUAAAUAAAAUUUAAAGCGAUAUUACUCAAUAUGUUAAUUUACUGAGGUUGCUAGAACAUUUUGAAUCUUCGUCAUCGUUAAGAGUUUAAUAUAAUACAGAUAAUUAUUGUAUAAGACGAUCACGGUGCAUCUGUGAUGUUGAAAUGCUAUAUAUCUAAUUGUAUACAUAUUAUGACGCUGUGUAGUCGAACCCACCUCACGCAUGGCUAGGAUAAGUCUUCGUAUCAGAGUUAUUUGCUCAAGCAGCAAUAUGUAAUCAUUGAAUCUCAUGACAUGUGCACAUCCGAAUCCUUGACACACUAGAAGAGGUGCAAAGUUGUUUGUUGAUCAUUUUUAUAGUAAGCAAUUGUGUUAUAUGGUGUGAAAUGUCUCACCAGUUUAAUAGUGUUUGACAUUUAUUUAUUGAGAAUUUUAUUUUCUUACGGAAAUAGAGUGCCCAUCUGCAAAUAUGGCGCUAAUUGCGAACAUUUAGCCGCACGUGACAUUUUAUAACUUUCGUAAACAUUAAAUAAUUUAUUUUUCGGAACAUCCUUUAAGAAAUAUUUUGAUGGCGAAUUUUCAUUGGUUCGAGACGACAAAAUGUAAAGGAUGAUUUCCGAGUAAAUUUUAUUGUACAGUAUACAGGUAUAAUUUUGUUGCUUAAUCAACAUGUACUUAAUUGGUUUGAUAUGAUGUACCUAUAAUUUUAAAAAUUGCAUGGCGAAUGCAUUUUUACUGUAGUUGGAAUUGAAUUAUUUAAGAAAUCAAAACCAUCGCCACUAGUCUUGAUUGGAUGAGGUACCAAAGAUUUCAUUGCUUGUUGGCCUUCAAUAAAUCAAGCACCGAAAAAGAUAAUGUCUUGGUCAUUAUUUGUGUCGCUGGUUCUGAUUCCUUCUGUUCUAUGUAAAUAAAUUGAUAUACAUUUUUAUUUAUUCUAUACUGAUGUAUUAACAAUAUUUUAUAUAAGAAUGUUUUAUUUUAAUAGCUAUUUAUUUUAUUAUUAAGUAGGUAUUCUAUCUAAUUAACAAGUGUGUUAAUCUGUGUAAAGUAUUUUAGUGUAAUUAUGUCUUUUAACCUCUCAAGUUAUCGUAAUACAUUUAUUAUUGGACACCCAUAUUUGCAGAUGUACAAUGUUUAUGAGUUAGUGAUGUUCAAUAGAAUAGUUUUAAUAAAAUUAUUUACGUUGAAAAUUCAAA